AUGUCAAGCACCGUCAGAUUAGCGGACGACGAGGUUGAUCGCCUUUUGAACGACGGAUCGACGGACGCCAACUUUGCUGAUAAGUUCGUCGGAGAUGAAGCUGUUCGGCAAAUCUCAGAUGCGUUGGCGAGUAACUGCUCCAAAACGCGUGUACUUCUGGACCGAAAUUGCGUUGGCGCUGAUGGAGCGGCGGCCUUAGGGGACAUGCUAAAGGUGAACAGUUCCAUCGCGUCCUUGAGUUUGGAGUGGAAUAACAUCGGAACCUGUGAUGAGGGUCUCCAGCGCCUGGCCGACGGGCUUGAGGUCAAUAGAUCUUUAACAGCUCUGGUACUCUGCAACAACCACAUCACUGCCCAGGGUGCUAGUUGCCUGGCGAGGGCCUUGAGAGCAAAUAAUACUCUGACAGACCUCGAUUUGCGAUGGAAUGAAGUGGGGAACGACGGUGCGCGGGCGAUACGCGACAGCCUCGACACAAACAGCUCUCUGACCUCUGUCAAGCUUUCAGGAAAUAAGAUUGACGACCAUCUUCAGGAGAGCAUCCAAGCUGCACUGAGCGAUCGAGAUUCAGGGAAUUUAGUGAAGACAGCCCUGUGGGAUGACCUUCACGUUUCGCGAGGUAAGGCGGAGCAGCUCGAGGCUCGACUCCGCCGGCAAGCUUUAGAGGAGGAGUCGCACAAACGUCUUGAUCGGGAGAGAGAGCAAAAGUGGAAGGAAGACCUCGUGACGGUCAAGCAGGAUUCCGCCCGGCACCGCCUCGACUUCGAGAGACAGAUGGGGGCCUCGGCAAAACAGAUGGCCGAGCUAGAGGAGCAGCUCAUACAUGAGAGAUCUCGCGGAAGCAGCCUUGGAAACAAACUAGAGAGGGAGAGCGAACGGCGGGAGGCGAUACAGGGGGAAUUAGACAAGACUAAGCAGACGCUCCUGGAAACCAGAAGAGAGCUGACGCGGCAGACGGAGAGGUUGCAGGAUGCCCUGGAUAGCGCCAACGAGGAUCGGAGAGUAACUCAGGGCGAGCUGGAGCGUGUCCGCGAUAUGUUUGAGGACGAGGUCGCCGGUCUCAAGGAGGAGUUGCGCGCUGUGACAACCGAGAUUGACGCGUCUCGAAGAGCGGCCACGCGUGCAAAAGCGGAGGCCGAGCAAGCCACGGCUCUCCACGAGACGGCACGGGCCGAGGUGCGUCUCACGGCGGAGCGCGCCGACGAGGCCGUGGCGGCGGUGGCGAGGGCCACCCGGGACGGCGCGACCGCGCUGGAGGAGACGCGGCGGAUGUACGAGGAAAGGGUGGAAGCGUCCCAAGCGGACCGGGACGCACGGGUGAAGAGUGCUGAGGAGCGCGCGAGAGCGGCGGAACACGAGCGGCAGAGGGCGGAAGCGGUGCGGCAAGCGGCCAGCAAGGAGCUCGCUCGCCUGCAGGUGUCCGUGGAGGAGAGAAUCUCUCAGAACGAAAAGAGGGUCGUGGUGGAGGCUCAGAAGCAGUUCGACCUUGAGCUUGCCGAACUCCGCGAGAGAAUCGACGCUGUCCAGAAGAUAACGGAAUCAAAAGAAGCUCAGUCCCGCGAGUACCUGGCGUCCCUGGAGGACCUUCGCCUACGGUCGACGGCAGAGCUGAGGGACUUCGGGCGCGAGCUGGCGGCGGCGGGCGAAGAGCUGGAGAAGUCGAGAAACUCUGCGCGCAACAGUGAGGGAAAGGCGUCCAAGCUACAGGCAGAUUUGGGCGUGCAGCAACGGGUGACGGAAGGGUUGCGGCAGAGGUUAGAGGAGGCGGAGAGGAACAAGAGGCAGGCCAGCGAGCUUCAUUCCUCCAACACGAGCAAGUUACAAGCACAGCACGGGUCCGAGCUGAAAGACAUGGAGCGGCGGCUAUCCGAGGCACGAGCGGCGUGCCGCGCUGCAGAGAAGACCGCCAAGGAGAACGAGGAGCGGGUGUCGGCCCUGAGGCAGGUGCACUUACAUAGCCUCCGCCUGCUGGAGAGCACGGUAGGGCAGGCCCUGGGGGAUGCCGUCGCGUCUGCGAGGCAGAUCGGCAGUGGUACCGGCGACCUUGCCUUCGCCGGGGGAGAGUAG